GUGGAGGAACAUGUCGCCCGCAUCCGGGAGGAGCUGGACCGGGAGCGGGAGGAGCGCAACUACUUUCAGCUGGAGCGGGACAAAAUCCACACCUUCUGGGAGAUCACGCGGAGGCAGCUGGAGGAGAAGAAGGCUGAGCUGCGCAACAAAGACCGGGAGAUGGAGGAGGCCGAGGAGAGGCACCAGGUGGAGAUCAAGGUUUACAAGCAGAAAGUGAAGCACCUUCUGUACGAACACCAGAACAACCUGGCAGAGGUGAAGACCGAGGGCACUGUGGUCAUGAAGCUGGCCCAGAAGGAGCACCGCGCCCAGGAGGGCACUCUGCGCAAGGACAUGCGUGUGCUGAAAGUGGAGCUGAAGGAGCAGGAGCUGGCUAACGAGGUGGUGAUAAAGAACCUGCGUCUGAAACAAGCCGAGGAGAUCACCAAGAUGCGAAAUGACUUUGAAAGGCAAGUUCGAGAAAUCGAGGCCAAAUAUGAUAAAAAGAUGAAGAUGCUUCGAGACGAGCUUGACCUGCGGAGAAAGACUGAGAUCCACGAGGUGGAGGAGAGGAAGAACGGGCAGAUCAGUACGCUGAUGCAGCGUCAUGAGGAGGCCUUCACUGACAUCAAAAACUACUACAAUGACAUCACUCUCAACAACCUGGCUCUCAUCAAUUCCCUCAAGGAGCAGAUGGAGGAUAUGAGGAAGAAGGAGGAGUACCUGGAGAGGGAGAUGGCGGAGGUGUCUCUGCAGAACAAGCGGCUGGCUGAGCCGCUGCAGAGAGCCAGGGAGGAGAUGAUCGAGAUGCAGAAGAGACUGGCGAACCACGAGAGGGACAAGCAGAUCCUGGCCUGUACGAAGGCACGUUUGAAGGUUACUGAGAAGGAGCUGAAGGACCUGAAGUGGGAACAUGAGAUACUGGAGCAGAGGUUCAUCAAGGUGCAGCAGGAGAGGGAAGAGCUCUAUCGGAAGUUCACUGCAGCCAUCCAGGAGGUGCAGCAGAAGACAGGCUUCAAGAACCUGGUGCUGGAGCGUAAGCUGCAGGCACUGAAUUCUGCUGUGGAGAAGAGAGAGGUGCAGUUCAAUGAGGUGCUGGCUGCCUCCAACCUGGACCCUACAGCACUAACACUUGUGUCUCGCAAACUUGAGGAUGUUCUAGAGUCGAAGAAUACCACCAUCAAGGACUUGCAGUAUGAGCUGGCCCGGGUCUGCAAGGCCCACAACGACCUGUUGCGUACAUAUGAGGCAAAGUUAUUGGCCUUCGGGAUCCCCCUGGACAAUGUGGGGUUCAAGCCCCUGGAGACAGCAGUGAUUGGACAGACACUGGGACAGGGCCCUGCAGGACUUGUGAGCGCGCCGACAUAGCCAUCUACAGCAGCCUAAGCUUGUCAGUUACUCUGCCCCUCUCCCCUGGGAAUUCACACCCUGCACAAGUUUUAUUUUGAACACUUAACAAAAACCAAUGAAAGUUUUUGCACAAUUA